AUAGCGGCCAGAGCUUCGUCAUGCAGCUCGUCUCCUUCCAACCAUGUGUCCUUCUUAUCCCUCUCUUCCCUUCGCUCUUGCCUCACCAACACUCUCAACGCCGCGAGAGUCCCCUUUGCCAUCGUGAUUCCACCGCGAGCCAGUCUGUCACCGUCCCAUCGUUGCCGCCUUCGACACGCCGUAGCGCGAAUGCCGCAGAGCUCACAAGCCAGCGCAUACAGUCAUUGAAGCAUGCACGUCAGAGCAGACAGCUGUGAGUAG